AUGGACCCUUUACCAAAUUCGCCAGUCUCGGGGCCUGAAGUGGAGGAGGAUACGACGAGAACAGCAAAUACAGAGACCGAGUCAUUAAACCAAUCCCCCGAAUCGUCACGUUCAACUCCUCAGUCAGUGCCAAUUUUUCCCUUAGAAGGACUGGAACAUGCAUAUUGGGCAGAGUAUGAGGAGGAUACAACGAUCCCAGAUGAAGACGAGAUGAAAGAGAUCGACGGCGGCGAUUCGGAUUACAGUGCCAGUGAUCACAAAUAUUGGGAAACUAACUUCUUUCGGGAUUUGGGAGAUCCCGAAUACAUUCCCACUGAAAAGGCCCGUCUUACGUGGACGAUCAAGGGCGUUCGGGGCACCCGUGAGAACCCCAAUCAUGAAAAAGUCAUUCGCUCCCCACCAGCAUUUGUUGGGGGAUAUUGGUGGCGAAUCAAGUUCUACCCUCGGGGGAACAAUGUCAAUGCAUUGAGUGUCUACCUCGAAUGCUCCGCCACAAUGCCUGCUCCAGAGGGCAAGCUUCCUAAGACAGAAUUUACGGUCCGUCGGGGCGCAGCCGAUGCCUCACUGGAUGAUAGUGCCCCAGAGAUUCAAGUACAGAUGGCAGCCACGGACGAUUCGACGACGUGGUUUGAGAACUAUAAGUCUCAAUAUCCUGCGACCAGGAACAACUCCCAAUCCGAUCAUGGAACGUCAGGCUCUUGGCGUGUGCCGGCACAGGUUGGUGUCAUUGUAUACAACCCACAAGAGCCACGCACUGGGUGGAUGCAGUCUUCCUGUCAUCAAUUCAACGCUCACAACCUGGAUUGGGGUUGGACAUAUUUCCACGGUCCAUGGGACCAAAUCCAUUCACGCCGGCGAGGUCAACACCGUGCUCUCUUGAACGACGAUACACUCUCGUUUGAUGCAUACAUUCGUGUAGUGAAUGACCCUACCAAGUCCCUCUGGUGGCACCCGAGUGAUUCCGAGCCAACUUGGGACAGCAUGGCCUUGACCGGUUACCGGCCUCUGGGUGACUCAAUCAUCAAUCACAGCCCAGAGGUAGCCGGGCUUGCCUCGUGGCUGCACAUUGCUCCAUUUUGCAAGAUCAUUCAAGGUAUUGACGUACUUGAACAUCUCACCAAUCCCCAUGCUAGGCCGAAGCCUCUAUGUGAUGCUCUUCAGAGGCUUCUAUGGCAGCUUCGCUGCCAGACACUCUCCCCGAGCUAUGUCGAUACCGACGGCGUGACGAGCACUUUGCGUAAUCUGCAUGAGUUUUCGAGCGAUGUGUCCGAAUUUUGGGAGCGCCUGCGUCGCAACUUGGAGCUAGAGCUGAAGGGGACCGAUGCCGGCAAACAAUUCGCCCAUCUCUUUGACAGUCCCGUUAUACAUAGUCCUUCUGAUGGUGAAGCCACUGUGAACCUGCUGCCGACUGACUUCAACUCGCGACUUUACAUACCAGUUGAUCAAGCCAAGUCUACCUCCGAAGCCGUUGGUGGAUACUUGAGCGCUAAGCCCGGUCGAUGGUCGCUUCCAUCGAUUCUCCAUAUAGAGUUUGGCCGUCAUACCCUGGACAAGGCCAAACGUUGGCAACUACGGUACGACAAAGUGGAGCUGAACGAGGAACUGGAUCUGGCUCCGUGGGUUGUUGAUGGCCAGGGUAGCAAGUAUGUUCUUUAUGGGUAUAUCGUUCAUCGUGGGCGCCGCACGUCGGGCAAGUUUUUUAGCAUCCUUCGCCCAGCAGGUCCGGGUACCACAUGGCUAGCCUUUGACGAUGGUAGUGACAACCGCGUGGAGUGCUUGACUCAGAAAACAGCCAUGGGUCCACACCUUGGUCUGGACCCUUCCCAGCCUGUGGAUCACAAGAAGGGCCAUGACGUGCCUGUCGUGGCAAUGUAUAUCCGCGGCGAUAUGAUAUCGGAGCUUUUGCCUGGUCCCCAAGGUCCUUGGGAAGUUCCUGAGACCUUGAAACAAUAUCAUGAAACAGGCGUGUACCACACUGGUGACAAGUCCACGGAUGAUGUCCAAGUUGAGAUUUAUUCGCUUCCCCAAUAUGACCAGCUGACUAGCCUGUUUGACUCCUACGAUCUUAUGGCGCAGGCCAAAGCGGCAAACAGUGUCAUGUACAUCACCUUGCCCCGCUCAUCACGUUUGGCAGAACUACGCAAAAGAAUUGCUAUAUGGAAAUCCUCAGGCUCUGAUCCCAUUGGUCCCGAGCGGGUUCGUUUCUGGCAGAUCGGGAACUCAUUUGCUCAGUCUGGAUCAUCGUUGGCGUUUGAUCGCGCUAUGGAUUUAAAUGUUCCACUAGAUCCUUCAUUGGGCACUGUACGGUUCUGGAUGGAAACCAUAUCAGAGGGUACGUUAUUACAUUCACAUUCAUUUGUAACCAUCAUCCCGCUAAUCUCCAGCAGAGGACGCUCAAUUUUUCGCCAUCCCAGACCCCCUGCGGUUGCCACUUCAGAGGAUAAGCCGGAUGACCUGGUCAUCGACAAUCCGAUACACGAAGCUUCUGAAAAUAUAUCGUCUGUGGCCGAAGGAGACGCCGUGGCUAGCUCGUCGGGAAAUUCUCCCCAUGAGGAUCAUGCUGCGUCGGAUACCGAGAACUCUGUCAUUGAUGAUAGAUCACUGCCUCCAUCAACCACAUUGUCUUUAGAUAAUGAUGCCGAUGCUACUGAAAGGACAGAACAGGAAGUGGUGUUCGCUGCUGUCGCUGCCCAUGAGCAACAAGCCAUGGCUGCUGUUACGGCAACUCCGUCAGCAGAAGCCACAAGCUCCGCUCCUAUAUCACAUCCCGAAGUUGAAUCUUCUAUACGAGAAGUGGCACCUCAAACACAGACUGAACCUGAGGUCAAGUUGCCCGUUGGCCAUACAUACUACUUCAUUCAAAUCUUCGAUGCGGACAAUCAAGUGCUUCGUACCGUGGGGUCAUUCUUCUCCAAGCUUGAUGCCAACGUCAAAGUGUCUAUCCGACGGCACUUACAGAGGCCUCUUCGCCAAGACUUCCUCAUGUGGAAACGAGUCGAUGGUGCUGCUGUUACUACUGUGUCGCCUGCUGACAGCUUCGAUGAUGUGAUGGCUCCGCACGGAGCAUGUUUCAUCGUCGGGGAUAAGUUGACCAAGGACAAGCGUACUCGACUUGCUUCGUCGGGAUUAUUCACCAGUCCAGACCGUUUGGUUCAGUACCUAUGGGCCGAUUCUCGUGGUCAUCCAAUCCAAGGCUUCACUGGCACUAAGACCAUCGAAGCCACUUUCACAAAUGACUACUACAGUGGUCAAUUCUUAAAGGGUUAUCACCAUGGUAGAGGCAAGCACAUCUCUAGCACAGGCAUGAUAUACGAAGGCGACUUCGUCUUUGGCCGACGCCACGGCCGAGGCAAGCUAAAUUACCCCACCGGAGACUCAUAUGAUGGUGAUUGGAUUGAAGAUGUAUGUCAUGGACAGGGUACUUACAUCGAGAAGACGACAGGAAACAGAUAUGUCGGCGGUUUCAAGGAUGGCAAACGCUACGGCAAGGGCAUUAGCUACUGGGAGGUGGCCGACGCAGAGUUGGAUCUGUGUCAAAUUUGUUACACCGAGGAAAUGGAUGCAGUCUUUGCCGAGUGUGGUCACCUUUGUUCCUGCGUGACUUGUGCGAACCUUGUGAGCCUGUGUCCAAUGUGCCGCAAAGAGGUCAAGAAGGUGAUCAAGAUAUAUCGGGCAUAG